AUGUAUGCUGCUGGCGCUUUGUACAGUAGUAAUCACUUUAUAGAUCAUUCUUUUCAAGUGAGUUUGUUAAGAAUUAAGCUGUCUUAUCUGACCUUUAUCGUGUUUGCAGAAAUCAUUGAAGAGCUUAUCACAAAGGGGCAACAACUUGAUGCCGUGAACUUUGCAUAUGAGGCUGGUCUUCUGGAAAAAUUCUCCCCAGUCCCUCUUUUGAAAUCCUACCUGGAGGAUUCUAAGAAGAUAUAUUGCAUUUCAGAUAACGUGAGCACUAGCAGUGGCCAAUCUGGGGUCAAUGCAAAUAAGAAGGAGCAGUCUGUGCUUCGGGCUGUUAUAAAGUGUGUUGAGGACCACAAACUCGAAGCCGAGUUUCCAUUGGAGGAUCUGCGGAAACGGCUGGAAGAAUUGGAGAUGGCCAAGACCGAGAAGAAAAAGGCAGCCUCAAGCUGUUCCAGUGGCGGCCCAGCAAGCAAGCGCAUCAAAGGGAGCGCUGGGGGAGCAAUGUCCCCUUCCAAGGCUGGUCGUCCAAGCGACAACACCGGUGCACCAUCUUCGCCCGCCACCGCCACCAGCAGCAGCAGCACCACCGCAUUCAUCGGCUCUCCAGCCUCCCAUGUCUCCUACGGUACCGGAUCUCCCUACUCUUAUGAUAGGUCAGCUGGGCACGCCCUCUACUGUGGCCAGAGCCCACUUCCAAUGAGGGAGCCAUAUGCAUACCCACCUGCUGUGCCGGUGCCCAAUGUUGGCCUUGGAAUGCCAUACCAAGCCCCUCCCAUGACCUACCCCAUCUACGCCGGAUACAACAGCGGCCUGGGAGCCUAUGGCAAUGCCAUGCCCCCAGCCCCAGCCUUUCACCAGGCUUACUACCGGUAG